GAGAGGGAGGGAGGGAUGGCGAGAGGGAGAGAGAGAGGGAGAGAGAGGAGUUAGAGUGGGGGUUCCUCAGGUGUUUGGCUCCAGUCAUGGCCGGGAGCUCAGAGAAAGUACCGAUCGCCUCAGCGGGACCGGAGGACCUGCAGCACUUCAUGCCUCCGGCCUAUUCCGCCGUGGCGGUCAAGCCCGCCGCCACCGGCCGCCUCCUGAAGGCCGGGAUCGCGGUGCUCAUCGCCGGAGCCCUGCUGCUGCUCCUGGGGGCAGUUGGAGCGUUCUACUUCUGGAACAACAAUGAGAAACACGUCUACAAUGUCCACUACAGCAUGAGCAUCAAUGGCAAAGUGGAGGAGGGUUCAAUGGAAAUUGACACGGCCAACAACAUGGAGAGAUUCAGCACCGGCAGCGGGGCGGAGGAGGCGGUGGAGGUCCACGACUUUGAGAUUGGGAUCACCGGGAUUCGGUUUUCAGGGGGAGAGAAGUGCUACAUCAAGACCCAGGUGAAGGCUCGUCUGCCGGGCGUGGAGACUCUCAACAAGGAAUCGAUGACGUUCAACCUGGAGGACGAGGUGAUGCCGGCCAAGUUCGAGGACGAUCUGAUCUGGGUGGCGGCGGACACCCCCCUCUCGGACUCCGCCUUCCUCAGCAACAAGAUCAAGGACCUGUGCGGCGACCUGCCGAUCUUCUGGCUCCGUCCCACCUACUCGACCGGCGGACAGAGGAAGAGGAGGGCCACUGCCCCCCGCGAGCGCCGCCAGGCAGCCGCGGCGGUGGAGGAGGAGGAGGACGUGGAGGCAGAGUUCAACCCCGAGAACCCCUACCAGAGAGGCCUCGAGGGCGAGCAGGGCAACAUGAACAUCGACCCCAUGCUGGACCACCAGGGCGUGUGCUGCGCCGAGUGCCGCCGCAGCUACACCCACUGCCAGAGGAUCUGCGAGCCGCUGGGAGGCUACCACCCGUGGCCGUACCACUACAGAGGGUGCAGGGUGGCCUGCAGGGUCAUCAUGCCCUGCAACUGGUGGGUGGCACGCAUCCUGGGUCUUGUGUAGACACCAGCCCCCUACCCACCCACAUGGGAGAUCGAGGAGGCCAGGAUUGAGGAAACCAGGGAGGGAUGGAUGGGGUUCGAAGGGAGGGAGGGGAGAUGAAGGGGAGACGUUUAGCUUCUCAUUUCCUGUAGGAAACCUGUCGGGUCAGACCAGAUAUCUAGAAAACAGAAGAGCACCAGUAACCGCACCCACACAUUAGAAAAAUGCACCUUGCAGAAAUCUAGGACGGUGUGAUCUCACGUGUAAAGGUUUUUUACAGCCUCUGCACAGCUUCUUAUUAAAAAAACAUUCCUGCUUUCCAUCCCGAUCAUCUACAAACAACGUCACGGCGCGCUGUCAAGAGAAGAGAGCAUACAGUUGGUAAUGAUAUUCAACAUCACAACAGGCCCACGUCUUCAUUUGAGUUACAAGCAACGCAACAUUUUCUCAAUGGGGGAAAAGCAGGUGAGAUUGUAUUUAUAGCGCUGACCUUUAGCUUCAUGGUGUAAAUAAAUGUAUAGGGCCAAAGCAUUUUUAACAGCAACUCGGCUGGCUUAAGUAGCAGCUGUUUUGUUGGUUUUACUUUUCAUCACUCUAGUGAGAAAUAUUUUUAACCUCCUGUGAUUUUAACUCUUUUCCCUAUUUUCGACUUCAUGAGUGGCUCUGGUGAAAACAAAGUACUGUACUCUCACGUACGUCCUCUCAGAAACUUUCAUCUAAAAGUGCAAUAUCACGAAAUAAACUUUUUUAUGUAAA